CAGGAAUAGUGAUAACAAAAUUACAAAUACAUAAUUCCACACAAGCAUAAUUAUUCAACCAAGACAGUGGGGUAUAUAUGUUUUUGUUCAUUAAUUUUGAUUAAAAUCAUUGAUGGAAUUAGCAUCCAUUAAUCAUCAUCAUUAGUUAUUAAUCAUCAAUUUAUCAGCAACAACAACCUUAAAAUCAAUCGUAAGCAUUACUUUUUGUGAGCACAGAAACCAAGGUAGGAAAAAAGUGUGAAACAAAACCUGUUAAAUAGAAUGGAAGACAAAUGCCAAAGAACAGAACCAAACAGUGGAGACAAAGAAGUAAAACAAGAACUCAAACCUAUCAUUCAAUGGAAGAAACAGAAAGGUGGAUUCAGAGCUUCCAUGUUCAUCUUUGUUUUGUCAGCAUUGGAUAACAUGGGUUUUGUUGCAAACAUGGUGAGCUUAGUUCUGUACUUUUAUGGAGUGAUGCAUUUUGAUCUUUCAAGCUCUGCAAACACUCUCACAAAUUUCAUGGGCUCAACUUUCUUGCUAUCUCUUGUUGGUGGUUUCAUCUCAGAUACCUACUGCAACAGAUUAACCACAUGUUUGCUUUUUGGAUCACUCGAAGUUAUUGCUUUGGUGAUGAUGACAGUUCAAGCUGCAUUGAAAAAUCUACACCCAGAAGCAUGUGGUGAAUCAAGCUGUGUGAAAGGAGGUGUGGCUGUGAUGUUUUACAUAUCUUUGUGUUUAUAUGCUUUGGGUAUGGGUGGAGUAAGAGGCGCAAUGACAGCAUUUGGUGCUGAUCAAUUUGAUGAAAAGGAACCAAAUGAAGCAAAAUCACUUGCAGCUUUUUUCAAUUGGCUUUUACUUAGUUCAACUUUGGGUUCAGUUGUUGGUGUUACUGGUGUUGUUUGGGUUAGCACACAAAAAGCUUGGCAUUGGGGAUUUUUCAUCAUCACAGUCUCUACUUCCAUUGGUUUUGUUACACUUGCAAUCGGUAAACCUUUUUACCGUAUCAAAGUUCCCGGCGAAAGUCCGAUUUUGAGAAUUAUUCAGGUUAUUGUUGUGGCUUUUAAGAACAGAAAGCUACCACUACCAGAGACUAAUGAACAACUUUAUGAGGUCUAUAAAGAUGUCUCUUUAGAGAAGAUUGCACACACAAACCAAAUGAGGUUUCUAGAUAAAGCAGCAAUACUUCAAGAAACUUCUGAGCCUCAACAACCAUGGAAGCUCUGCACAGUGACACAAGUUGAAGAAGUAAAAAUCCUAACAAGAAUGUUACCAAUAUUAGCCAGUACAAUUGUAAUGAACACAUGUUUAGCUCAGCUUCAAACAUUCUCAGUUCAACAAGGCAACAUAAUGAACCUUAAACUCGGUUCCUUCACAGUACCCGCAGCAUCCAUUCCUGUUAUCCCACUUAUUUUCCUAUGCACAUUGAUUCCAAUUUACGAACUUUUCUUCGUACCAUUUGCAAGAAAAAUCACAAACCACCCUUCAGGUAUCACACAGCUUCAAAGAGUUGGUGUUGGACUAGUACUCUCUGCGAUCUCAAUGACGAUAGCCGGAUUCAUCGAAGUUAAACGAAGAGACCAAGGAAGAAAAGACCCUACAAAACCAAUAAGCCUAUUCUGGUUAUCUUUUCAGUAUGCUAUAUUCGGUAUCGCGGACAUGUUCACACUUGUUGGACUAUUGGAAUUCUUCUACAGAGAAGCACCUUCCAACAUGAAAUCACUUUCAACAUCCUUCACAUUCUUGUCCAUGUCGCUCGGUUAUUUCUUAAGUACUAUAUUCGUUAACGUUAUUAAUUCUAUCACGAAAAGGAUCACGCCGAGUAAACAAGGUUGGCUACAUGGUUUUGAUUUCAACCAAAACAAUCUUAACCUGUUCUAUUGGUUCUUAGCAAUAUUAAGCUGUCUUAAUUUCUUUAACUUCCUAUAUUGGGCCACUUGGUACAAGUACAAAACUGAAGAUAGAACCAACUCAGAGAUGAACUCAAAGGAAUUAGGUGAAACACCUUUGUUAAUGGUUGGUGGUGGAAGAAAACAUGAUGGUAAGGCAAAAGAAAGUAGCCAAACGAGUGAGGCCAAUACUGAGGGACCCUCUUCUUCUGAUGAAACAGAUGAUGGAAAAGAGAAAGAAAAAAACAGUAGAGAAUGGAAGCAUAGAUAAAUAUGAUAUGAUUUGAUGUUAAGGGAAAUAGUAGUAUUAGGCUGUGUAUGGUAAGCAUUGGAUGUGGAUAUAGAAAGUGGUUGAAAUUUCUAUUAUCUUACAUGUGUGUGUGAUUGUAUAAUUGAUUUGUACUAUUGUUGGUUCUGGCACCAUCUCUGUGUCUCUGUGUUUCAUAGUCAAAGGUUUUCUCUUCUCUCAUUUUCUUCUUUUUUGUUAUAUAAAUAUAAAUUAAUGGCAUACUUUUACACCAUCUUAUAUAUCCUAUUAUAAUAGUGAUAAUAAUUUUCUCUGAUAGAAACAUGUUACAGUGGAAAUAUCAGAGUAGACCCGAGGGUGGAAAAAAUGGACUUGGUUGUGCCUCAAAUUUCUUGUUCAAAGGUCUGUCAGGCUAUGUUAAAGUCAUCAGGACAGUAAUACUAUUGGUUUUGGUUUUUUCAGCGUAGAAGUUGGAAUUUGGCAGUGGGGUUUUGAUUUUGAGUGUGAAACUGUGGAUAGCUUCACUUUAUAGGAGAAUCUCAUUUCAAAUUUGUACCAUUGUUUCUUGCAAGACAUGUGUGCCGUAACUUGCAAUAACAUUUAUACAUUUUUUUAGCUACAAAAAGUUUCACACCAUGUUUAUUAA